GACAUAUUCGUUUCUUGUACUUUGUAGCACCCAAUUUCCCAAACAAUUUCCGGUUACAAAUAAAAUCCUCAAUUCACAACCGUACGUCAACACGGGGCGCGAAAAUGGAGAAUCCACAGAACGAGAGCGAAAUUCGAGAAAUUGAAGAGACAGGAUCGAACUCCGAGCAGCAACCUCUUCUUCAGAGCCAGAAUCCGAGUUCAGACUCAAAAAACGUGAAGACGAAGGUUCCGGAGGUUGAAAUCCAUCUUUAUCGGCAAGGCAAAGGUCCGAUCGAUGUGUUUAAAUCGAGCCUUGGGGGUUGGGAUCAAGACCAGCUCGAGAUCCGAGAGAUUCUCGACAAAUACGGGUUCAAGUCGGCAUUCGCCUUUAAACCUGAGGCCGGCCGUGGCGUCCCGAUCCGAUUCAACCCUAGAAAUGGCAGGUCUAUACUGACGUACAGAGAUGGAGCGGAGAUUUACAUCGACGGAGAGCCCAAGGAUUCCCUGAUCAAACCAAUAACCAGGAUUAUUUUUGGCGUGGCGAUUUUAACGAUUUUGAUAACUUUUCUCUCUCGAGAGUCGCAAGGAUUGAUGAAGAAAUUAAAUAUAAGUGGGAACUUCCCUCCUUGGAUUCUUGCCUGUGUAGUUAUCGUUUUUACACGCUCAAGGAAGAGAACAAGGGACUUGCUGAAAAAGUUCGGUUGUGUUUAUCACGAAGAUUCGCAAUUGUUAAGAAAAGUCUAGAGUUACUCCGAUGGAUGUUUUGACGGUAGGAUGUACGGUGGUAAUCUUAGGCGUGGAUAGCCAUUUGUUCUAACCUUAAGGGUCGAGACUUAUGAGUAUACUUAUAAGACUGGCUCACAAGCGUGAUCAACGAGAAAUCUUAUCUUUGAAAAAACUUUACAAAAGCAAAAUAAAUAUAUAUUCUACAUUAGCUUCAAGCAUCUUUCUGCUCCAUCUUUGAUAAAACAGUUUGAUGACGUCAUCCAGCUUCUUCAAGAUACUUCGCAUGGUCGUAAGACAAGAAUUUAUAGGUAGAUACUCCUUCGAGAUUCAGGAUGAAGAAUUGCGGACUUACAAACGGCUAUCAACGUCUAAAGUUGCCGCCAUACAUCCUAUCGUCGAAGGAUCCAUUUUUAAUGGCGGAUUCCUUCCUUCUUAGAUAAGCAGCUCAUCAUCUACUUUAAUUUACUAUUAUUUUUCUUUCAUUUCCAAUUUUGAUAUGAAAAUUUGUUAUGAAGAUAUCAUUUAAGAUACUGUUAUUUAUGUUUCUUUUUCAAUAGAA